UGCGAGCAGCUCUUGAGGCUCACGGAUUCCUCCUGCCGCCGCGCGUCCUCCUCCUGCCGAGCAGGCAGCCAGCGCAUGAUGGCGGCCGCGGCGAACGGGAGCGCCAGCGGCGGCAGCAGCGGCGGCCGCGGCGGUAGCAGCAGCAGCGACACGUCCAGCACCGGCGAGGAGGAGCGGAUGCGGCGCCUCUUCCAGACGUGCGACGGCGACGGGGACGGAUACAUUAGCAGGUACUCAGGGAGAAAUGACUUGUUGAUGGUUUGUCGUCAAUUGAAUAUGGAAGAGUCUGUGGCUGAGAUCAUGAACCAACUGGGCGCAGAUGAAAAUGGGAAGAUUUCCUUUCAGGAUUUUACAAGGUGUCGCAUGCAGCUGGUUCGAGAAAUUAGGAAAGAGGAAGUAGGCCUUUUUGAGAAGUCAGACAACUCCUGUAAAAAGAAGAAGCUGAGGGAUAGGAUUGCUUCCUGGCCCACGAGCAGUGACAACAGUUUUGGUGCCUUGUCAGCGGCCAGGGAGAGCUGGGAAUACGACUCAGGUGCCAGGGACCUCCAGAGCCCAGACUUGCAGAGUCAGCCGGCCCUACAGAAGCUGCUUGAGUAUGGGGGGAGCUCUUUGCAUCAGCAGGCUGCUGCUUUCCACAAACUGCUCACACAGUCCCCGCAUUUUGGCAACGCUGUAGGAGGAAGCUAUCUCGAACUGGCCAACACGCUCCAUUUGGCAGCCCUGGCAUCACUAAAGGGAGAUAUAGUGGAGCUUAAUAAACGUCUACAGCAAACAGAGCGGGAACGGGACCUUCUGGAAAAGAAAUUGGCCAAGGCACAGUGUGAGCAGUCCCACCUCAUGAGAGAGCAUGAGGAUGUCCAGGAGCGCACGACGCUGCGGUAUGAGGAGCGCAUCACAGAACUGCACAGCAUCAUCGCCGAGCUCAAUAAGAAGAUAGACCGUCUGCAGGGCACCACCAUCAGGGAGGAAGAUGAGUACUCAGAACUACGAUCAGAACUCAGCCAGAGUCAACAAGAGGUCAACGAGGACUCUCGAAGCAUGGACCAAGACCAGACCUCUGUCUCCAUCCCUGAAAACCAGUCUACCAUGGUCACUGCCGACAUGGAUAACUGCAGUGACCUGAACUCGGAGCUGCAGAGGGUGCUGACGGGGCUGGAGAAUGUCGUCUGCUGCAGGAAGAAGAGCAGCUGCAGCCUGUCGGUGGCCGAGGUGGACAGGCACAUCGAGCAGCUCACCACGGCCAGCGAGCACUGUGACUUGGCUAUCAAGACAGUCGAGGAGAUUGAGGGGGUACUCGGCCGGGACCUGUAUCCCAACCUGGCUGAAGAGCGGUCUCGUUGGGAGAAGGAGCUGGCUGGGCUGAGGGAAGAGAAUGAGAGCCUGACCGCCAUGCUGUGCAGCAAGGAGGAGGAGCUGAACAGGACCAAGGCCACCAUGAAUGCCAUCCGGGAGGAGCGGGACCGGCUCCGCAGGCGGGUGCGAGAGCUUCAAACUCGGCUGCAGAGCGUGCAGGCCACAGGGCCCUCCAGCCCCGGCCGCCUCACGUCCACCAAUCGCCCAGUUAACCCCAGCACCGGGGAGCUGAGCACGAGCAGCAGUAGCAAUGACAUCCCCAUCGCCAAGAUUGCUGAGAGGGUGAAGCUAUCAAAGACCAGGUCUGAAUCCUCAUCGUCUGAUCGGCCAGUCCUGGGCUCAGAAAUCAGCAGCAUUGGGGUAUCCAGCAGCGUGGCAGAACACCUGGCCCACUCUCUUCAGGACUGCUCCAACAUCCAAGAAAUCUUCCAAACACUCUACUCACAUGGAUCGGCCAUCUCUGAAAGCAAAAUUAGAGAGUUUGAGGUGGAAACGGAACGGCUGAAUAGCCGUAUUGAACAUCUCAAAUCCCAAAAUGACCUCCUGACCAUAACCCUGGAAGAAUGCAAAAGCAACGCUGAGAGGAUGAGCAUGCUGGUGGGAAAAUACGAAUCCAACGCCACAGCGCUGAGGCUGGCCCUUCAGUACAGUGAGCAGUGCAUAGAAGCCUAUGAACUCCUCCUGGCCCUGGCUGAGAGCGAGCAGAGCCUCAUCCUGGGGCAGUUCCGUGCAGCUGGCCUGGGGUCCUCCCCUGGAGACCAGUCAGGGGAUGAAAACAUCACUCAGAUGCUCAAGCGGGCUCACGACUGCCGGAAGACAGCUGAGAAUGCGGCCAAGGCCCUGCUCAUGAAGCUGGACGGCAGCUGUGGAGGAGCCUUUGCCGUGGCCGGCUGCAGCGUGCAGCCUUGGGAGAGCUUGUCCUCCAACAGCCACACCAGCACAACCAGCUCUACAGCCAGUAGCUGCGACACAGAGUUUACUAAAGAAGAUGAGCAAAGGCUGAAGGAUUAUAUCCAGCAGCUCAAGAAUGACAGGGCCGCGGUCAAACUGACCAUGCUGGAGCUGGAAAGCGUCCACAUCGAUCCUCUCAGUUACGACGUCAAGCCCCGGGGAGACAGCCAGCGGCUGGAUCUCGAAAACGCCGUGCUGAUGCAGGAGCUGAUGGCCAUGAAGGAGGAGAUGGCCGAGCUGAAGGCCCAGCUCUACCUACUGGAGAAAGAGAAGAAGGCCCUGGAGCUGAAGCUGAGCACCCGGGAGGCCCAGGAGCAGGCCUACCUCGUGCACAUUGAGCACCUGAAGUCGGAGGUGGAGGAGCACAAGGAGCAGCGCAUGCGGUCCCUGGGCUCCACCAGCAGCAGUGGCAAGGACAAGCCCGGCAAGGAGUGUGCUGACGCUGCCUCCCCAGCUCUGUCACUGGCUGAACUCAGGACGACGUGCAGCGACAGUGAGCUGGCUGCCGAGUUUGCCAGUGCCAUCCGUCGAGAAAAGAAGUUAAAGGCCAGAGUUCAAGAGUUGGUGAACGCCUUGGAAAGACUCACCAAGAGCAGUGAAAUCCGACACCAGCAAUCAGCGGAGUUCGUUAACGACCUAAAGCGAGCCAACAGCAACCUAGUGGCUGCCUAUGAGAAAGCAAAGAAGAAACAUCAGAACAAACUGAAGAAGCUGGAGUCUCAGAUGAUGGCCAUGGUGGAGAGACACGAGACCCAGGUGCGGAUGCUCAAGCAGAGAAUAGCGCUGCUGGAGGAGGAGAACUCAAGGCCACACACUAAUGAGACGUCACUUUAAGUGGCACUUGGCCACCCAAGUUCUGCCUGAGUGGUAGCAGCGGAAGCAGGUGACGGAGGAGAGGAGGGCCCAGGGACCGAGUACCUGCUGGGAGGCUGAGACACGGGAAGGGCAGGUAGGUCAGCACUUGGACCGUGGAAUGCCCUGGACUCAGCCCCGGGUGUGGCCCUGGGACACGGUGCAGACUGGAUCCAGGGGAGCCUGUUCCUCCCGGACCCCCGACAGCAUGUACAUACCUGCCCUGUGCACCAUGCUCAGCAGGCCCCGCUUUGGCUUUCAGCACUGGCUUUGUCUGUUCUGGAGGUUGUGCCUCAGUCGUGUCACAGCAUUGGUUUUGUAAGACUUUUCCAUUUUCUUCUGUUUAGUAGAUAGUUACCUUAUCUCCGGCAUCCCGUUUCUCUUCUUUCCUUCUUCAGGGGAAAACUGACACACACAGGUGUGUAUGUUUGCAUCUAGAUUUGCCUAUUGCAACCAGGCUUUGGUUUUCAAGUCCCACGUAUCAACGCUAAGAUACAGAUUUACAGACUGUCGCUCGGAGAUGCUCGGGGAGGCAGAUGACAGGAUGGUGUACGCAGGUCUGCUUCCCAGCAGAGCCCCCCAGCGCUGCACCUGAGCAGUUGUGUCCGGGAAUGACACUUCCUGCAGCUCUAUGUGGAGGCAGGCCCGGGAAGGGAGCCCUUUUGGCUGGGCGUCCCCGAGGCUGAGCGCUGAGCGCAUCCUGCUCGUUGUUCAAGAGCAGAGGGGCAUCAUUAGCACCUCCCCCCGCCCAGGACUAGUAAUUGCUGUUCUGCAGGAAUCCAAACUUAUCCAGAGUCCAGAUGGAGCUCUGGACCUGCCUCUAUUUCUCUAAGGGCAAGAGGCAAGACACUGAGGAGGUGUGUUGUAGGCCGACCCCACCUCUGAGAGACUGCUGCUGAACCACCUGUUCAAGACUUUGCUCCUGCUGUCAGGAGGGACAGGGGGUGAGGGGAUGGUCAUUGAGGCCUCCUUUUAUCCCCCAGAAGACAGCUGGGGAUGGUUCGCAUAUGGUGCUUUAACAGGUUAAAGGUCAAGCAAAAUACUGGCAGGGCGGGGCAGGACCAGAGUACCUGAAUUCUUUCAGGAAGAGCUUCCAUCUUCAAUUCGCUAUUCCUUUCCUCAUGUAGCCGUCACUGUUUCACCCUUUCCCUUCCUUUCUUCUGUUGAUGCCCUCCACUGACACAGUUUAAAAGGACCGCUUACCAUUUAUUCUGUAGCACCUGAAGAUCUUAUGAGAAAUAUGUCCCAAUGCCACUGUUCACAAAGUUUUGCUUAUGACCAGGUCACUGCAUUGGGGUCCCCAUGUCCACAAGCUCAAGGUCUGUCCAGAAAUCAUGAUGUAACUUCCUCAGCUUCUGCACAGUGAGGAAAGACACUCAAGCCAGCACGUUGGAGGACAGAGCAGUUUUAUCCCUAAAGCAAUCAACUUUCUCAGGUAGGCAGUGAGGCUGUCCCGUCUUCAAAAAAAGGGGCAACUGGCAUCAAUGUGGAAGGACCAGCUUUUCGGUGCUUCGGAAGCUGUCAUUUAGUCAGAGUUGAUUCUUGUGAUUUGUUUUUAAAAAACAGUUUUUACUCUUUGGGUAAAAUUUCAUUUUGUGACAAGGAAAAUGUUUUGACUGAAAACUAUGUGCAAAAAAACAGUUUAACAUACAAAAAUCAGCUUCCCCACCUUUCCCAGCUCGCCUAGGGAAAUGUCCUCCCCUAAGCAAACUGGGACGGGCAAGGUAGGAAACCAUUGAUGGCUUUUUCUUUUGUGGCUGACCAGGCAUCCGAACAGUUUUGAUUUUCACCAACACUGACAAAUGGAGCUCACAUGAAUACCAUCCUGUGUGCUGACCUCUGUCUGCCAUUCCUGUUCCAAGUUACAACAGAGCCCCGGCUUUAGGGUCGUGUCAUCCCUCCAGACCCAGGUCUCAGCUGGUCCAUUAAGGGCCCCACCCUGCACCGCUGACACCGAGCCUCAUUAUGAGUUUAUACUCUAACGUAAUACUUUUUCAGUAUAUGGUGAUCGGAUGAAAACUACUUCCCCAGUAAAACUGUUACUUCUAUAAAUGUGUAGAAUAAAAAAGCUAUGAAAUAGUUGAUUUCCUUUCCUUGUAUUUUUCAAAUACUCCCUGACACACAAUCCUUGUUGAAGGUGAACCGACAGGCACUUGGUUAUGCUAAUUCUGGGGCUUACUAAAGCAGCAUUGAUUAUUAAAUGAUGGCAGGUGCCUGGAUCAUUUUCCUUUUUCAUAACCUGAAUUUUCUUUCUAAAUAGGAGCUGGUUUAUAUUCACAUUUCCAUCAGGAAUAAACAGUGAUCUUAAUUCUAACGUGUAUGAAAUUAAAAACCUUCAGAUGUUCAUAUUUUUAAUUCUGUUUCCUCAGUGGUUACUUACCCCUUUCAGACAGUGACCUUCUCUGGUCAGAGCUCAGUCUCUGGCUCUUAGAGACCUGCCUGUAGCUGGUAUGCCAUCAAUGUGUGGGCCCCCAGCUGGAUCUGAUGUUCUGCCAACCCCCAAGUGAGCCAGCAACCAAACUGCCAUGGACUUGUAGGUGGUAAGGUUCCUCUUUGAGAUUUUCACCAAAAAUUAUUGCUCGUGCCCUCCUUCCUUUCUGUUCUAGUCCCAGAAGUACACUAGAUGUUGCAUCUUUGCCAAGACAGGUAAUUAACUCUUUCAUACUCACUCUCAUCUGCUGGCGUGUCAAGUUUUUGAAGUUAAUAUCUCUGCUGGUUGAAACUAGAAUGUUAGGUUAAUAAGAAAUUAAGUGCCAGUUAAACAUAAUUGUUUAAUUCUCCUUUGAGAUGCAUGCACUUCUUAAUUUUCCUCUGAGUCUGUGGCCAUACUUUACAGGGACGUCAGAGAACUAAACCCUUGACCUUCUAUUACCCCAGAAAGGCAGUCCAAGUUAGAGCCGAGAAGGCUUUUUCUUAAAAAUGGUUAGGAUGAGGCUAGUAAGGCCUUUACUACCCUAAGAAAAACUUGAAAUUAUUGGCAAGUCUCCUAGUUCCUAGCUGCGUAGAGAUUACAUUUCAAAUGAAAAAGUGCCCUAGGGUUAGCUGAUCUGGGCUGGACGGCCUGUCACUGGCAUGUGAGAAAAACCUUGCCUGUUCCCUCUAAAGCCCACAAAAAUUAUCCUGCAAUUAAUUCAACUGUCUUAAACCAAACCUCUCAAUAGUUUAGGGAAUCAUGCUUGUUUUAAGUGACGUGAUAAGAAAGACAUCAAGACUACAGAAAACAAAAUUUUGAGUAACUUCCGAAAGUCGUAAGACUCCAAAGCUUUAAAUCAUUUGCAAAUGCAUUCAUUAACUGGGAGUAUAUCUCAUCCAUGAAACUACUUAAAGUGAAAAUUUCAUUGUGUUCACUAAGUUUACACCUAUUUCUAGAUACAGCAAACAAUGCUACACCUAUU